AUGGUUGUCAUCCUCAAAGAGCAUUCAAAAUAUCCAGAAAACGUAACGGGAAUUCCUUCCAACUACAAUUUUGAAAUUCAAAAGACACUAAAAACAAUCGAAAAGUUGAAUUCAAAACGAAUUGCAUUGCAGUUCCCAGAUGGAUUGCUAUGCUACGCUCCGGUACUCAUCGAUCUUAUUCAAGCGUAUUUUAAAGAAGCAGAAUGCGUAGUUCUUGAUGAUGUAGUGUAUGGUGCAUGUUGCAUAGAUGAUCAGAGUUUAGAAGUAGACUUAUUGGUACAUUAUGGACACAGCUGUCUCAUUCCAGUAUCCGAGAUGAAUACCAGAGUGUUAUACGUUUUUGUCGACAUAAAGAUAGAUGUCGAGCAUCUCUACAAAAUGAUUAUAAAGAACUUUGCAGGAACUAUAGCCAUUAUUGGAACAAUACAGUUCAAUUCAUCAGUAAAUAGGCUAAAGAGAAUGAUAGACCAGAGCAAAUUAGAUGGCAAACUAGAGCUGAAUGUUCCCCAGGUAAAGCCUCUUAGCCCAGGAGAAAUACUAGGCUGCACCUCUCCUGUUAUUUCUGGGGUGAAUGAUGUUAUCUACAUUGGGGACGGAAGGUUUCAUCUUGAAAGCGCAAUGAUACGCAAUCCUGCUCUUAACUUUUAUAAAUACUGCCCUUUUACCCGCAAACUCUCACAGGAGUUCUACGAUUAUGAAAAAAUGAAGGUCUUCCGGGAAAGAGAAAUUAAAAGAGCAUUUGAGGGAAGAAGCUUUGGCGUGAUCCUAGGAUCUCUGGGUAGACAGGGCAAUAAGCAUGUAUUCAGGAAUGUAGCCAAGAGAAUAGAAAGCUUUGGAAAGUAUAAAAUUUAUAAGAUUGUAUUAGAUGAAAUCAAUCAGGAUCUUCUCGAUAAUUUUGAUUUUGUAGAUGCUUUUGUUCAAGUUUCCUGUCCCAGGCUAAGUAUUGAUUGGGGAGUGUGCUACAGGAAACCGCUACUGUCUCCUUUUGAAGUAUUCUACGAGGGUGGAGAGUAUCAAAUGGACUAUUAUUCGAGAGAAGGAUAUGCGCCAUGGAAGAACUAUAACAACAUAACAUAA